AUGACAACAGCAACAAAAAGGGAUCAAUAUGAUGAUAAAAAAUCUUCUGUUGUCAGAGAUCAAAUUUGGAAAGAUCAUGUAUCAAAAAUUGAUAUUGCACAAAAAAAUCAUGAUACAAAAUGGGGUUUUUUAAAUGGUCUUCAACCUCAGGCGAAUGCAUAUGAUCCGAAGCGAUCCCCAAGAGCUUUACUUGCUCGUGCUGAUCCUUCUUCAGUAAAACAGAAUGAAAAUAGUAAAGAAUUACCACAGCAACAUGUUACUGUUUGUCCAUCACCAAGACCAAUACCAAUAACAACUAGUAAUUUAAUUGGUUGGCGCACAGCGGAUAAAAAUUGUACUUUAGAAAAAUAUGGCAAAUAUACUCGUGGACAAGAAUCAUUACAUAAGAAAUUUAAAUGGCCUAUUGAAGGCUUUGAUUAA